ACAAUCGCCAAGGUGUCACCCCGCAACCCCAUGAAGUUCUUCCGUCCAGUACACCCCCAGCGUAUCCAACGUGCAGAUCGUACGGAAAACAAAUCCAUACUUCUCCUUUGCACAUCAGACCAAGUCAGCAUGGACGUGAAUACUUGGAUGAGAAAUCUCCGGAGCUACCUGGAAGGCGUCCAGUCAGAAGCUUCCACGAUGUGGAUCAGCCUCACGAUGGUUUACCUUUUCUGAACUUCCAAGACUGUAAAAUAUUCGCAAGCACCAAGGUAUCCUGGACAAACUCUUGGCCAGCGUGGUCGACAGCAGCAAGAUGAGCUGAAGUGUGAGACGAAUGUAGGCCCCCUCUGUAGGAGAAGCAGUUGUAUAUAUAUAAGGUAGGUAACUCUACACGAGCUCUAAAGUAUUCUUGUCUUCCUUGUCCCCCUUUAUCAUCUAUCAACAUCAUGAGGAUCCUCGUUGUCGGCAGCUUAGCACUGGGCAGCGCCGCUGUAGCGUCAGCAAAGAUUACCCUGCCAACCGGCUGGUUCAAGAUAUCCCCCGAGGAGAAAAUAGAUUCUGGAAAUUUCAAUGGCAAGCCGCGAUACCUGACGUGGAUGGCGGACUCUCAGAUCAAGCACGGCGUAGAACCUACGUUCGCGUACACAGUCUCGGCAUAUUUAUCUGGCGUUCUCCUAGCAUACGACAGGACGGGUGACGACAAAUACCUUGACUAUGUCAAGCGCCACGCAGACACCGUGCUGUACCCUGCUUGGAAUGGCGAGAUACUGCUCCACAACAACAGCAACUCUAUCGACGACAUCCGCUUUGGCCACACGUUCUUGGACAUGUACAACCUGACCGGCGGAGAAAAUAUCUAUAAGAUUGCUGCAGACAGCUUGAAAGACCAGAUCGAUCGCUCAUUCCGUACUCCAGAUGGUGGCUUCUAUCAUCGUUAUCCGGCAUACAUUGAUCAGAUGUGGCUUGACGGCAUUUACAUGCUCGAUGUCUUCUACGCACGCUGGACACACGAAUUUCAACCGGACAACUCGACGGCCUGGGAUGACAUCGCCCGGCAGUUCGAUCUUAUCGAUGCUGGUACCACAGUCGACCACGAGCGCACUAACGGUCUGCCGGUACAUGGCUUCGAUGUUAGCAAGAAGUCCAUCUGGGCUGAUCCUGAGACUGGCGCUGCGCCUCACGUAUGGGGACGUGCCGUAGGGUGGUACAUCAUGGCGCUUGUCGACACUCUCGACUACUUCCCUGAGAAGCAUGAGGGCCGUGUACGACUUAUCAAAUACCUUCAAUCCGUUGCUGAUGCCAUCGUCGCGGCUCAAGAUCCUAAGUAUAAGGGCUGGUACAACAUCAUGGAUCCCGGACUCGAGAAUCGCUCUGGCAACUACAUUGAGAGCUCUGGGUCUGCCAUGUUCGUGUACGGUCUGCUCAAAGGAGUCCGUCAUGGCUACCUUGAGGACAAGAGAUACCUUGAUGCUGCUCUUGACGGGUACAAACUUAUGACCGAGACGUUCGCUAAGAAGCGCAAGGUCGAUGGCGCCUUAGUCUGGGAAUGGACCGUCCAGACCGGCAGCCUGAGCUCAAAUGGCACCUUCGAAUACUACGCAAGCAUGCCUUUAUUCGAGAACGAUCUGAAGGGGGUCGCUCCUUUCCUCUUCUCCAGCUACGAGUACGAGUUGUACAUUGAGGGAGAGAAGAAGUGA